GACAUUUUUUGUCGCUUGGCUAUUUUCUCUUUUUUUAUUGUCUGGGUCAACAUCAAGAAAGUUUUUUUGUUUGUUUAAUGUGGUCGAGUCCUCGUCAUCAUCUCCUUCACCUUGUAAGUAAAUAGUCAUCUUGUAACGUGUACUCCUUAUAAACCUCAAUAUCGCCACAGACAACAUCGAAGAAAAUUGCAGAUUGUUGUAAAAACUAUGAACUCGAUUCAACUUUCUUGUAGCUCUCUCCCGCACGACAUAAUCCUGAAGAUCAUCUCUUCUCUUCAGGUGAUUGAUCUUUGCGCACUCAGUAGCUGUUCUAGGUUCUGGAGAGAGCUAUGUGGUUCUGAUACUUUAUGGGAGCCUCUGUUUAAGGAAAGAUGGCCCUUAUUGGCCACAUUUGAUGGAGAUAACACUCAGUUUCCUGAAGCCCAAACGCAGUAACAGAUGAAAAUUUUGCAGGAAUGGAGAAGAGUUUACGUGAUGCGGCACAAUGAAAUGGCGUCUAGAGUUUCUGAGGUGAUUACAUUCGUGACUCAGUGGCCCGCUACGUUGUCUUUAGAGGCCUGGGAAUAUCUACACGCGGUUGAAACAAUGAGGUCGAUGCGGUUAGGAAUCCAAGAUGUAGAGUUGUUUCUCUUCAAACCAAACUUGAGUGUGCUGCUUAACCUUAUUGGACUCAUCUACUGCUUACAACACCUGAAACCGAUGAGGAAGCAAAUCUUGGACGCUAUGAGGCGAUGUGGAGUCUCAGAGCAGCUAGUUUGGGUGAAAUGGUUGACGUUAGGUCGAUGGUCACGUGGUAGACGAAUGAGAGACGAGGUUGUCUCGCGUCAGGUCUCUCUAGGCGAUGUUGUGAGAGGGAAAGAAGAAAUGGUGCUACGAGUGCUUCAACGAGGAGUUGUUCACGAAGUUCUACGAGUUUGUAUCUCAACCAUUGAUCUUGCUUGCACACCUUGCACCAGUAGCACCAUCAGAAACUACUAAAACGGUUUCAUAAAACGGUUUGGGUUUGUUACAAGCUGAAAAGUGAUAAACGUAUGUAAUUACAUGUUUGAAAACUUGUAAAGUGUAUGUAAAUAAAUAAUGGGACUUGU